GGCCACCUAGCUAGGUCAGCUCAGCCAUUUCGACUUAGCGACGGCCUCAGGGCGGUCCUCCUAACUCAUAUAUAACCGUGGGCCGCGGCGCCGCUCCCAAACUACCGCGCGCGGAGAGUUAUGGCGACUGGAGUGAGCCUGAGGAAAGCGCUGUUUGCUUAGCGGCCGGCGGCGGCGCGGCGGUCGCAGGCGGGGCGAAUGACGCCACAAUACCCCCCGAGUGGCCCCGCGACGCCGCGCCGGCCGACGGGCGUCGUCCCCGUCGCGUCGCGCGCAUCGUUGCUCGACGAAUUCGAAUUUUCGCCGCGCAGGCACCAUGUCCGGCGGCACCAUCCCGCAGCUCAACGGCAAGUUCUCGCUCGGCGCGAGCGGCUUGGACUACGACAUCUCGUCCCCCACCCAUGACAUCGAGGCCGUGGCCGCCGGCGCGAUCAUGUUCGGAGGCGGCCAACGCGCCGUCCAGGGGCGCGCGCCCUGGGUGGCGCGGCGCCCGGGCCUCCCCCGCGGGCCGCAGCCGCGCGCGCGCCGCCCCCACGUCACGCCCUUCUCCGGCAACGGCAACAAGCUCGGCGGCGCGUCCUCGGCCUCCAAGCGCAAGCCCAUCGUCAAGAAGGUCGUCGUGAAGAAGAAGGCCGCGCCGGCGUCCAAGCCCAAGGCCGCCGCCGUCGUCGUCGACGACAAGUGGGCGUGCGCGCAGUGCACGUUCUUGAACGAGAAGGAGCACCUCGCCUGCGGUAUGUGUGCUGGCGUGCGCUACCAGGACGACUUCACCGAGUAGGCGACGCCGUACAUGCCCCCUCCCCAUGAUAAG